UGGGCAUCUGGGGAGAUGGGCAUCCUAAUAGGCAGGUGACGGGAGUAAAUACAGAUAAGUAUUGUUAUUUAAGGAGUACUGAAAAGUAACCCUGGAAAAGUAUGACCCAGCAUCCCACAUAAAAAGUUAGUGAGUAAAAUAGUAACAGUUGGCCAAGUGUUGAUAGAGUGGAUCAAGAAAAGCAUUGCACACCUGGGGAGACAAGACAGCACAAUUGCGCAAAGACUUGGUAGCAAAGCAUAAUAAGUAAAUAAACGCAGCAGACUGUAGAUGAGUACUUAAAACAGGGUGCAGUGUAACUGUGUGGAUGCAACACUUAGGAUGUGUAAUUUAGAAUGUUGUGCAAUAGAGAAAGAACGAAGGUGUACAGUGGUAAGUGACUGAACACCUGUUUGUGGCAAGCAGAAUUACGACAUUUAUGAUAGUGUGUAAGUUACAAGUGUUUAAUGUAGUGGCAUGAAUGUAGUACUGAACAGGAAAGUGGGGGUAAUUCACUGGGCAAGACUAAAUUUGAAUGUUUUCAAGUAAGUGGAAAAGAAGUGUAGAGUGUUACAGGUACUUUAUUUAAACAGGUAUGCGUGUAAGUAGCAAAAUUCUGGAAAUAUGGAGGAAAAGGAAUAAUGUAAUGGGAGGGUGGGUAAGGCAGGAUACAGUGUAUUUAGUGGUGUAAGUAAGAAAAGAAAUGCUAGAGCUGAAAAUAAUAGUCUAGCUGCAAUGUAAGUUAAGAAUAAAAGCUCAGGGUGGUGGGAGAUCAUUAGUAAAAGAGGAAGUCAGUAAACUAAGGCAGAGUAAAAAAAGUGUUAGUGUUGUUGAUUGUCAGAAAUAUACAUAAUUAAGAUUGCACUGUUUACGUUAAGACUCCUGAAGGAUCAGUACGCAACUCAAAUCCGUGUCCCAGACAUGGGGGGAGAAAAAGGUGUCACAUAAUUGUGUUAGUAAACUGUUUUAGUAGUCCUCCUGCAGAUUUAAGAAUUGUAAUAUGUUUGGAGAAUUACACCUUUUUAUUAUAAUUAGUUAUUGUUGUGUAUAACUUUGUCAUAGAGACAAAUGGCUUGGUAGAGGGAAGUUUUUCAGGUUAGAAAGUGUGAAAUAUUAAGUUUGGAGAUGUGCAGAUGAUUAAAGAGUCUGGAUUGACUUGGCCAUUAGAAAUAAGGACCAUGAAAGUUGUGAAACAUUCAGAGGGCACGAAAAGGAAAUGUAUUACAUGGAUAUUGGGUAGUCACUGGGUGAAGGCUUAGUGGAUGAGAAACAGAGAGUGGCUGUUGAGGACCUAAAGUUAGGACAUGGAGUGCAAGACUGGAGCAGCGAUGAAAGGUGGACUGUUGAGGAAAGCCUGGUGAUGAGCAGCGUUUGAUUUAGGAUUCUGUAGUGAACUCGUAUUGACCACCACUACUAGAUGGAAGGCAGAGAAACAGUUUCCUUGCAAACUCAGGUGAUCGUGUGCAUGUGGGAUAGAACUUGGUUUGCUUCGUUAUUUUAAUAGUCUGGGAAAAUGGCUCCAAUUUCAGAAAACCUGAAGUUUAAGUUUAUGAACUAUGGGGACUCUGUGCUGCAGAAAAUGAACAUGUUAAGGGAGCAGAAUAAGUUCUGUGAUGUCACCAUUCAUCUCAACAAUAUAAAAUUUCAUGGCCACAAAGUAGUCUUUGCUGCCUGUUCCCCAUUUCUGAGAGACCAGUUCCUCUUGAAUGAUUCCCGGGAAGUAGAAGUGUCUAUCCUGCAAAGCUCUGAAGUUGGACAGCAGUUGCUGCUGUCAUGCUACACUGGUGUUCUUGAGUUUCCAGUCAAUGAACUUGUCAAUUACCUGACAGCUGCCAGCUUCUUGCAAAUGGGUCAUGUAGUAGAGCAGUGUGCAGAGGCUGUAUCCCAGUACUUUGUUCCCAAAUUGGAUGAAGGUGAAAAGGAGCAGCAUGUGGAGCAGAACAGUGUGCCUGAAGAAAAGCAAGAGGCCAACCAUCAGAAAGAAAAGAUGUUACAGCCCAUCCAUGAAACUGUUGAGUUAAAGGCAGAUGAAGACCAUGCUUCCAAAACCUCUAAAUGCAAAGAGAGCUCAGGGAACAAAAAGAUGCGAGCAGUGAAAGUUGAAUCGUAUGAUGAUGAUCUUUUCAGAGUAAGAAAUCCUUCUCCUGAAAUUUCUCUUUCUCUUAUCAACUCUGCUGUGGAAAUUACAAAGAGUUACCUUCAGGCUUAUUCUGAGGACAGUGCCACAGAGUCCGAGGUCCUGAAUGGAGAUAGUUAUAUGCUAGCAGCCAAUGAGAUACAGUUUCAGGGUGUGGACCCUACCAGUGAUUUUGCUUCUUUGGAGGGCUGUCCUUUGACUGCCCAUCGCAAUGCCAGUGAAGCAAGGACAGCUAAUACUGGAUUACAGGAUGGCAUUCUCGAGAAGCCUUAUAGUUGCCCUAAAUGUGAAAAGGCCUUUCAGCACCUUGGAAACUUUAUAAGUCAUGUAAAAGAACACAAACUGUUUUUGUGUCUUCGCUGUGGGAAAACAUUUUCACAGAAAAGUAAUUUGACUAGACACAUACGAGUGCAUACUGGCUUCAAGCCUUAUCAAUGUGCAGUGUGCAAGAGGUCAUUUACUCAAAAGGCCACCCUUCAAGACCACAUGAACCUUCACAGUGGCAUUAAACCACAUAAGUGCAACUACUGUGAGAUGCAUUUUGCUCAUAGACCUGGGUUACGCCGUCACCUAAAAGAGGUGCACAAAAAAAGCAGUACUGAGAACAAUAAUGAGGAAAUUGAAGAGAUCACAGUUGACUUUGAUUAAAAAAGAUAACAGUAUUAGAUCAGGAUUUUUUAAAUUUUUCUAGGCAAAAAUGUGUUUUUUGUACAGUGUUUGGUAUUAGAUGUGGUUUGUCUGUCGGCUGUUUCUCAUUUGAUUAGAUCUUUAGGAAUAAGGGACUGUCAUCACCUUUCCUCUCAUAGUCUGGCCAGUUUGUGCUAUUUUUAAUAAAACGAAAAAUUUGGAUGUCA